AUGUUACAAACGAUAUUUCUGGUCUUUCUGUAUUUAUGCCUCUCGACAAAUGCCCAAUUCUCUCAUGGCUCUUAUGGCAUGCUAAACGGCGCCCCAACCGGAUUUAAUGGCCCUAAUUCGGGCAGCUUUUCAAGUUCCAACGGCCUUAGCGGCUUUGAUGGCCCGCCCACUUUUUUCGUGCCCUUUGGUUUCUUGGGAAUUUCGCAGCUAUACUUUUCCGGUCAGACAAACGGAAUGGCUGAUUACGAAGAUUUCGGAAGUGACGAUUACCUAAAAUUUGAUGGAAAGCCAAGUCAACCCCUCGGGUUUGACAAUAACUACCAAGACAUUUCCGGACCGGCAGCAGAAUUUAAUGGGCAGCAACCCGGGCCCAAUGGAUUCAACGGCUUCGGAUUUGGGUCUGCCGGAUCAUCGAAUAAUAAA